AUGUUUAAAACAUACUUACGAUUCGAUUAUAUCAAAGUCGCAGUCCUGCAGAUUGAUCAAACUAAUCUUAACACUAAGUAUAUACUGGAUUCAAUGGCUGCUAGGCAGGAUAAUAGCCUGAUUCUGCUUUAUAUAUAUACUGUUCAGCGGGUUCUGAGAGAAAUACGAAUUAUACAGUAG